CACCCAAAUUUCAAGGAAUCGUUGAAGUUGGAAAAUAUCCUCGAGAUCAUUGAGUCUGGAAACGACCCCCGAGAUCAUCGAGUCCAACCUUUGAAGGUCACCAAAUCCAGGUUUUUUUAAAGGUCAUGAAAUCCAACUUUCAGGGGAUCAUCCAGUCCAAGCUUCGAGCCCCUUUCCGGGCAGGUCUCACCCCUGGUCCAUCCCAGUGGGAUGAGGACACGGAUAAGGCCCAAAUUCCCUCUUUCCCAUCCUGCUGUGGCUCAUCCCAGCCCCGAUGGAUCCAGCAGUGCCACGGAGUGAGAGUUCCGGAUCCAUGGCGUCACAGCUGGAAGGGGCCAUGGAGACCCUCAUCAACGUCUUCCACCACUACUCCGGGAAGGAGGGGGACAAGUACAAGCUGAGCAAGAAGGAGCUCAAGGAGCUGCUGCAGAGCGAGCUGGGAUGUUUCCUGGAGACCCAGAAGGACUCGGGGGCGGUGGAGAAGAUCAUGCAGGACCUGGAUGAGAACGGCGACGGCGAGGUGGAUUUCCAGGAGUUCGUGGUCCUGGUGGCCGCCCUGACCGUGGCCUGCAACACUUUCUUCUGGGAGAACGCCUGACCAACCCCCCCCUCACCACCCCCCACCCCGCAUUCCCAAAAUCCAGAGAGCUCCCCCCACCCCCUGACCCCUUCCACCCCCUCUCCGCUCCCCAGCAUUCCCAGGGGAUCCCGCUGGGAUCCAGCUCCACA